AAUUCACGAUCGUUUCAUGAAUUCCGUGGCCUAGAGAAGGACAAACAAUGGAUCCAUAUACAGAGAGGUUACUGGAACGUACCAGACAAAGACGAGAGAUGCUGAAUCAGAAGCUUGGGAAAACCCCAGAGCCUGCUCCUAGGAAACGCAUACUGGAGGAUAGCACUUCAGAAAAUGUUGUGUUCAAGAGCAAGGAUGAAGAAUCUCCUGGGAAAAGACAAUGUUUGAGGGAAGAAGUGAUGCAGAUCAAAGCAGAUACACCUGCUAUCAGUAGUGUUAAGUCACGCAUGCAGCAGAUUGCGAAAGCCAGGGAGGAACAAGGUGAAAUACCUACUGCACCAGUUACACAGAAUCACGAGUCACCAGUUAAAGAAAAUGGGGGAAAAAAUUCAAGGAGAGGCAGAUUAGCCAAAUUGGCAGCCAACAUUAAUAACUGGGAAGAUGAUCUUAGUCACCCAGUUAUACACAAACAAGAAGAGAAGAAGCCAAAGUGGCAGCCGCCUAGGAUUGACUCGGGAUCUGAUAGUGCUGGGUCUCCUUCUCGCUCACCUGUAAAAGCCCAUAAUCCAAGCAAGGCUGUUGCACCCCCACCCCCACCACCUCCUCCAGCGGUCAGCUCACCUGCUGUUUCCUCACCUAAGAGGACCACAGUCUCCUCUGCCUCACCUGCAAAACAUGUGAGUCAGCAUUCUGUUCGUCUGAAUUCUCCAGCAAGAGACUCCCAGCCAAAGCAUAAAGUUCGUCAGGUGGUUGAUCAAGUUCCUGUCAACUGUAGAGAUCAGGAGGAGUCACAAGAUAGUGAAGAAGAUCCAACAGAAAAACCAAUCAGAGAGCGACUGAAUUCUUGGAAAAAUGCAGAUACACCAAAAGAGAAACCUGUGGAUCCCUCGGAAAAACCUAUGUCUUCCAAACUGGCGAACUGGGAAAAAGUGUCCAGCACCCCAUCCAAAACAGCAGUGACUAAGAAGGUCCACUUACCAGCCCGACAAUUGGCUACUGCUGUAGCUGACAAACCACCUCUGCCAAGGCCUGUGUCAGUCUCGUCGCAGCCUAAAGAGGCAACAGAGAGCUCAGAAAUGAGGGAAGACCCAGCAUCUAGGCCCGUGUCAUCGCGAAUGGCAUCUUGGCAGCAAAGAGUUGAUGACGAGACCCCACAGAAAGAGGAGGAGCCGACUGCCUACUCUGUAGGAGCCAGGAUGUCAGCAUGGGAGGACAUGUCAUCCAAUAACAAGGUGGCACAUAUAAAGAAAGUCGAUCCAGGGUCCUCCUCUCCAACCAAAUCUCCUCUGAAAACACCUGCUCCAGUUGAUAAAACACCCAACAAGAAGAACAAAAAUCUAACCCCUCAUAAAAGCUUCAAAGACAGUAUUGUAGAGAAAGCAGGACAGCUGAAGAGCUCACCUGUCAAGUGUACACCUGUAAAAUCCACCCCAGUGAAAUUACAGCCAGGAGCAUCCCCUGGUAAAGUAGGCAGUGCAACCAAGAUGAUGCAGCAGCGCUUGUUGGAGAAGGCCCAGCACAGUAAGACAGAUGACAUAGCAGACAAGCUUAGAAGGGAAAGGAUGAAUGAAUUGGCAACCCUGCAGAACAGAUGGCAAAACGGCAUUCUGAAGGAAGACAUGAAACCAACACAGCAGUCUGACCAGAAUAAGCCUGUGCCUUAUGAGACAAAGUUGUCCGAGUCAGAGGAAGAGUCUGUGAAGGGAGAGGACAGACGAGAGGCUAUCAAGGCUCGAGCUAGGGCAGAUUUUGAGAGAAAACUUGCUGCAAUGGGAUUUGAUAUUUCAGAUGAAUCUGCUACCUACACCUUUACAAACCAGGAUAGACCAAAAUCUAACAGUCAGCCACCAGCACGACCCCCCGCUCCUAAAACAGGAGCACAGCAAGGUCAAGGCAGUAUUUAUAGACUGAUUUCACAGAAACGUGGUGGUAAUGAAAAACCAGAUGUCACUCGUAGCGAAUCCACAAAACGUGUACAGUUUGAAGAGGGUGAUAGUUUUGACAGUACCGACGGCGAGGAUUUGGUUCCCCGGAGUCGAAAUCAGCCUCCACCUGUAAUGUCAACAGAAGAGGAAACAGAUGACAUGGACUACACAGACACACAGUCAGAGGGAACUACAACCCAGGAUGAGGAGGAAUAUACUUCAAAUAAUGACAAACAUGAUUUAAUGGAUGAUGAAUCAGACAGUGAUGAUGUUAGUCUGAGUGCCUUUGUACCUGCCUCUGUCCGUAGACAGAGUGUGCUACCUCAUCGUCCAAAUGAACAACAGCAGAAAAGUCAAAGCCGGCAGCAAAGAGUGCAUGAACCUGUGGCAUCAGUACCAGCUAGUGUGCGUCACCAAAGUACCACAAACUUAAGGAGUCUUGCGCAAGAGGAUAGCUCCAGCAGUCUGGAUAGUGAGAGCUCUGCCUCCAGCAGUCAAAGUUCAUUAGGUCAACCACCUCAGCGUCAUAGAGGCUACACAGAUGAUGACUCAGAUGAUGGAGAUGAACAAGGAGUGAGCGACCUCCUGGAUGAGGCAAUAGGUGCUGAGGAUGAUACUGAGGAUGAAGUUGUGUACAGACGCAAACAACCUGUGGCUGCCCCGCGCCAUCACAGACACCAGAGUUAUGCCAUGGCUAACGAAAGCCAGCCUGUAUACAGUGUCAGCGGCUACAGAAACUCACAGAACAUGGAUCUGAGUUCAGGUGCACAUAAAAAGAUUGUGAGAAACAGGACUUACUCAGCUGAUGUAGUAGAGGAGGAUAUACAGAUGCCGACCAGUCUCCCCAGAGAUAUGGAGCGUAAAUCUAUCAAGGAGAGGAUACAGGAGUUGAAUGAGUUGGUAAGCCAGGAGCAGAGUGUAAUAAUGCAGACAAGCAAUGCCCUAAACCAGUGCUGUGCUGCCAACUCUCAUUUUGCAGGCUCAGCCGAGCAAGUGGAGUGUCACAGAUUGCUGCUUCUCUCAUGCCAGAAGAGACAAGCUUAUCUGACAGAGGUACAAAGACUGAAGGAUACAGGCCAGUUGGACCCCCCUGGCAGUGGACCAAAGGGCUCACUUACCAUAAGUGACAUCAGACUGCCUCUCAAAAAGGAUUUUGUUACUAGGAUAGGUACAGCACAAGAUAACACCGUACAUUACUUCCUGAUGUUGAUACGGAACCACACACAAGUGAUUGUUACUCAGAUGCUGUCCACACAUGACCCGAUGAUGAGGGGCAGUCUUGACUUUCCAAAUCUCAUUAAGAUUCACGGCAUAUCAGGCAGCUUUAAACUUUGUAUGGAAAUCUAUAGUAUGUCUGUUUCAAAGGAGUUUUCUACAAAAGACAAAAAGAAGAAAACACCAAAGAAACCAUUGAAAUCAACAAGUCUGACAGGUCCAAGUCCUGGGGGUCCAACUGCUGUUAGAACAACAAGCUUCACUCUCAUCACCUCCUUACCCAUCACAAUGAGACACCUGGACAAAAGCAGCUUCACAUUAGAGAGGAUACCCUACCUGUCACCACUGCAUGGCACCAUUUACAUGAGACUCAAGUGCUUGAUGGAGCAGAAUGUAGAAGAACGUGGAUUCCUGACAAUGUUUGAGGAUGUCAGUGGUCUUGGGGCGUGGCAUAGGAGAUGGUGUGUACUCACUGGUAACAAACUCUGUUGGUGGAAAUACCCUAACGACGAGACAAGAAAGGAACCAAUAGGAUUAAUGGACCUGAAAAGAUGUAUAACAGAGAAGGUUGGUCUGAUUCCGCGGGACAUCUGUGCCAGACCAAACACAUUUGAGUUGGUUACUGUAAGACAGCCACGUAAGGGAGAACCAGACACAUUGGUCACAAAAACCUACAACACCAUGACAACCACACGACACAGGCUAUCUGCUGAUACUAAAGAGGAGAGGAUCAUGUGGUGCAACAAAAUCAACAGAGCGCUGGCCAACAUACGCACCUGGCACUCUGAUGCCAUGCGACCCGUUAAAGCCUCCAGGAUAAACUGAUGUGUUUCUUUGUCUGCAAAAUUUUACACGCAUGUCUUUCAUCAUUCAUCUAAAAUCAUUAGAAAGCAUGGUGGUAGAUUGCCAUUUUUGCUUUGUCGUUUUGCUC